CUUUAGUCAAAGAAAAAGCAUAGCAUUCUCCAAAACUAAGACUCCUAAUAACCCAAUAUACUUUUGUUUCCUCUUUCCUAAAAGUUAUUUGAAUAUUCUGGACUAGUACACGUCUUGUGAUCAACCGGCAACAACCCAUAUCCAUCCUCGGAGAACCUGACACUUCCAACUUCACCAACAUCUACUUUUCAAAAUCACCUUUUGUUUUCCUGUUUUAGUUUUUAGUGCUUUACUCUAUUUAUAAACAAUUAAAAACCUUUCCAAGUUUUAAAUUUUAAACCCACAAAAAAUAUUAAAAAGGCCAUUUUUUUCAAAGGAUUUAAUUAAAUUGAAUAACAUGCGCUUGCUGAGAUGGUCACCAGCUCCGGUUUGAAGAUAAAAAGUUUGGUGAAAUAUUCAAAGAUAUGAGAUUCCUGGUAGACAUCCAAUUGGGCUCGUUUUGGUUUUAGUUGAGGAUCGUUUGCUUGCUCAAAGUCGAGGCUAUGCUUUGAUCAAAAGUGUCAAACUUUAGUUGGAUUUUGUUUUCAUUUGAAGUGAAAGAUUGAUUCAUGUAGGCAAGGACUGAAGUAGUUUAACAGUGAUAUAGGUACCUUAAGGUUUCAGAGGCACUGAAGGUUUCUUUGAAUGGAUCACUCGUAUUUAAAAGAAACAAGUGUUGAAGUAGAUCUUGAAAGUGGUGGAACAGUCAAUGAAGAUGAAAGAACCAAAGGUCAUGGUUCAUCAAAUUUGCAAACAAAUAGAACUUUUAGUAGAGUUUGGACUGAUCUUUUGAGAUUUGGUAGCGUUGGCAAGGGCAAAUAUGGUGUAAACUCUUGUAGUAGUUCCUCAAGGUUUGGCUCAGUUGAGAAUGAGAAUAUGAAAUUCUGGGUGGACAAGAGUUCAGAAGGGGAAGAUAAUCAUGAUCUCAUGGCGCUUGAGGAGAAGAACUUUGCAGAUGAUAAUUGUAAGAAUAAAAACUCUAGGAAGCCUCCCAAGCCUCCACGGCCAUCGAAAGCUCCUUUGUUGGAUGCUGCUGACCAGCGGUUGGUGAGGGAGAUUGCUGAACUUUCCAUGAGAAAACGUGCUAGGAUUAAACGAAUUAAUGCAAUGAAGAAGAUGAAGGCUGCAAAUGCUGCGCCAUCAUCAAGCAGUAGCCUUUUUGCUAUGGUCAUCACAGUUAUCUUUUGCCUUGUCAUACUCUUUCAAGGUAUAUGUCAUAGACGCGGCACAACUGUGAUGUUACAGGGAUCUGCUGCACCAGCGGUUGGUGAAGGCUUGAUUUCUGUUUAAUUUUACAAAACCUUUCCUACAACUGAAAAACAUGACCAUGAUCCUCCUAGGUACAAAUUCCUCUACAAAUUCCUCUCGUCAUUUUUGGAUUAAAAAAUUCAUUCCCAACGGUACAUGAGUUCAAGAGAUGCCCAUUUUUGUUCAUGGUGACCAUAAAAUGCAAUGAAUGGUUUUUCUGAGUGUUACAUGUUGAUAAUGCAGCUUGUUAGAGCAGCAAGGUUCUAGUUCAAUUCUUGGAGAAGAAACUAGAAAAGUUGACUGAUGAUGCAAAAAAAAUGGGUGAAGUUGCCAGUCAUUGUGGUAUUUUGCAUGUCACGUACAAUUGAUCUUCUUGAUCUUUAAGUAAAUAAAUUUUGAUGCGAUACCUGGCUUUGCUGAUUUCUGUAUAUCUGAGCUGUUGAAUGCCAAGCACUCCAGUUAUUGUACAGUACAAGUUUAGUUAGAAAUGUAAUUUGUUGGGACAAAA